GGCAUGCAUGCCAAAUAUAAUAUCAGAAUAUACUUGCUUAGACCAGGUUGCUUAGACCAGUUUACAGUAAAAUUAAGAGUUGGUAGAGGCAAGUGAAUCCCAUACGAUGUCCUUCCUGCGAGGGGCAUAUAUUAUAUAUACAUACAAAGCUCUCUUGGCAACAAUGGGUACAAACACUUCAGCCUCCUGAUUACCUCAACUUUGAUUCUCUUUCCCUUGCCUCGCCCACACCAACACUAAUACAGAGAGACACUUCACUUACAAGCUAUAGCCUACCUUAUCAAGUCUGGUAUCUUUCUUUCUUCUCUUAUUCGUAUAAAUUUCAAGUUCCUCCAAUCCCUUUUGCCCAUCCAUCGUUCCAUCAAUUUUACAACUCAAGAAACUAAAGAAGAUAAUAACAAUGGCAACGACAUCAGCUUCAGAUCACACAGCCUCACCUUCUACUGAAUAUCUUGUUUCAGUGGAGAACCCAAAAUCCGAAAACCCAUUUCUCAUUCCUCUUCUUUCAUUUCAAAACCAUUACCCUCCGCGGUUUUUCAGAAAGGUGGUAGCAGAGAUGAUAGCGACAUUUCUGUUGGUUUUUGUGACCUGCGGUACGGCAGCCAUUAGUAGGAGCGAUGAGAAAAGAGUAUCAGAAUUAGGAGCUUCAGUUGCAGGAGGACUUAUAGUGACAGUGAUGAUAUAUGCAGUAGGACAUGUCUCUGGUGCUCAUAUGAACCCUGCUGUUACUACAGCUUUUGCAGCUGUUAGAGAGUUUCCAUGGAAACAGGUGCCAUUUUAUGCAGUAGCUCAAAUGACAGGAGCAAUAGGAGCUUCAUUUACAUUAAAAGUGUUACUUCACCCUAUAAAACAACUUGGCACAACUUCACCUUCUGGAUCAGACUUUCAGGCUCUUGUCAUGGAAAUUGUUGUCACUUUCUCUAUGAUGUUUGUUACUUCAGCUGUAGCAACUGACACUAAAGCCAUAGGAGAAUUAGCAGGUAUAGCAGUUGGUUCCGCAGUAUGUAUAACAUCCAUCUUGGCCGGCCCAAUAUCAGGCGGAUCUAUGAACCCAGCAAGGACGAUAGGACCUGCAAUUGCUAGUGCAUAUUACAAGGGGAUAUGGGUCUACAUUGUUGGACCAGUAGCAGGAACUUUGCUUGGAGCAUGGUCAUAUAACCUGAUUCGAGUUACCGAUAAGCCAGUCCAAGCAAUUUCUCCUUCAUUUUCAUUCAGAAUUCGCAGAACAAGCAUCGAUGAGCAGACUAACAAUAAAGAUCCUCUUAGUGCUGUGUAAAUUGCAACUGAGGAGAAAGUCUAUAUUUAAAAUGCUGUAUCAACAUUUUCUUUAUUGUCUGGAAAAAUGAAUUAUGGCAUUCUUGUACGCCAUAGGGUCUGCCUGUAUUAUAGGUUCACUAUGUAUUUUAGAUGGCCAAAGUAUCCAAAUUGAAAUCACACUGAAAGAUCACAUUUAUUUUAAA